AUGGCUGCGCCCAUGUCAGUGCGUGCUACUGCAGCACUUCGUUGGUAUUUAUUGUCAAGUCAGAGAGAUUUCAUUUCAAAUCGAGUAACUGGAACUACAAGAUGCCUGCCAAGACUUUAUUUCAACAUCUGCAACAGGUGUUUAAGCUCUAAAAUAGAUGACAAACAGAACUCGCCGCAUUCUACCACAGAGGACGGAGAAGCAAACGUUAACAACAACGACGUCAACGAAAGGGAGGCAGACGACUUUUUCGGAAUCCUAGAAAACUUGAGGACUCCGGAUCCUGUGUUUUCCGGGGACACUGAAACUCACGAAUCUCUUGUCACUGAAAGUGAACAUUUAAACCAAGAGCGGGUUUUAGAUGUCCAUUUUGGUUUUAUUCGGCGUGAUGCGGACAACCCGGCAUUACCUCGAGAUAAUCGCGGACGGAUUAAACUGAGGAAGAGUUCUUCUGGUGUGCGCCAGAAUACUCAUGAGUCUGCAGACUACUUCUCUCGACUCCUAGGUCAUGAGCAGGAAUCAGAUUCUGGAUCAAAUCAAAGCGAUGUAGGCUUAAAGUCAAAGUCCACUUCCAGUCAACAUAACGACAGUGCUAUUGACAAUAGUAGACCCAUAUUGCAAAAACAGGGCCACAUUAAUUUAGUCCAGUCUGAUGAACCUGUUUUGACUCAUGUGGAUGUUGAUAUGACAGAACCAAAUUUUAUUGACAAGCAGUAUUUUGAUAGUAAAUACUUAGGUGAUACAGGAGAUGUUAGAACUAAAAGUCUGAAUUCUGUGAAGGUUUCAGAAGGAACAAGCAGUCUCAGGCAAGAACACACAGUAAAUAGGGUGAAAGAUGAUGCAUGUAUUUCUGGAGGGAAAGAUACCGUAAGCUUUAUUGAUGAGCAGUAUUUUGUAAAAAGUGAUGAUCAAAGUAAAAAUGACAUCUCACUACAUCUGAAUGAUGUAAGUCAAAAUGAUUUCAAAAGCUUCCCAAAAAAUAUUUGUGAGAAACAUGAAAAUGCUGAGAGUGACUUGCAUUUUGUUGAUGAUCAGUACUUCAGUACAAUCAAAAUCACAAAGAACAACUCUGAAGGAACCAGUAGUGUUGAUAAUAAGAAGUCAGACAAUGUGAAGACCAUGCCUGGUUUUGAGAAAUUUUCACCAGAGUAUAAGCAUUCAGAUGAAAAUUCGGAGAGUACAUUAAAAUAUCAGAUUAUGAAGAAGAUGUCUCAGGACUCUGUUCGUCACAGGACCCAAUCUUCCGAAUAUGAUAGUAACGUAGGUGAAUCGGAGACAAGUAAUGAGGACAUUAUCAUAAGCAAGAUAACACGCCAAUCUGAGCGGCUUUCGAAAAAGGUGAAACCAAACCUGGAAGAGCCACAAACAGCUUAUGAUAUGGCCAUGAAAAUUAGGCUGGAAAAUGCUGGAAGAGUUACUAGUGUACAGGUGAAGAAUGAGAAAGGUGUACCGACUACAAGAUCAGGGAAGAAACUGGACAGCAAAGGCUUUCGGAUUUUGAAGGAUCAAGUACCAGAUUGGACUUACACACCUAAGGAAGUUUUGGCAAAAGUGUUAAAGGACAGCAUAAUUUAUGAUAACAAUGAUAUUGUUGUGAUAGAUAAGCCAUACGGCCUACCCUCCCAUGGUAAGAUGUUUCGGCUACUGGUUAAGUUGGGAGCCUCUGUGGCUGAGUUGGUUAGUGCGCUAGUGCAGCGGGGUCCUGGAGUAGCUUCUAGUGUUGGUCAGAUGACCCCUCUUCUAGCUCAACUAUUGGACAGAACUGGAAAGCUUGAAGACCUGCACCUGAUUCACAGACUAGACAAGGAGACCACAGGUGUUAUGAUUCUGGCCAGAACCCCCCAGAUGGCUUCUCAGUUGAGAGAACUGUUUCGAAAAAGAAAAGUCAUCAAGAAGUAUUGGCUAAUUACUAAAGGAAUCCCCAACCCUGCUGAAGGCAUCAUAGAUAUCCCUAUAGGAGAAAGCACAAGUCAGAAAUUUUACAAGAUGUGCCUGCGACCAGAACACAAGGAAGAGACGAAGUUAGUAACAAGAAAGAGCAGUUUGAUUGGUCAUGAUGCGGUGACACAGUAUCGAGUGUUAGAUAGCCAUCAUCAGUGUGCCCUAGUCGAGUGCCAGCCAUUCACCGGGGUGAAGCACCAGCUGAGGGUACACAUGGCGCACGCCCUGAACACACCCAUCUUGGGAGACCACAAGUACUCUCACUUCAAUAAACUGGCACCUCAGAAACUCUAUCCUGAAAUUUUGCAAAGACUGGGAAUUCGUCAAAGCAAAGUUCGUUACCUUGCCAUGCAUCUGCACGCCAAACUUAUUGUUCUACCAGAAUUUCUUGAUGGACGAAACUUGGUUUUGUCUGCUUACUUGCCAAGACACUUUGUGGCUAACAUGAAGAAACUCAAGCUGAACCAACCCUCCAAGUGAUUCAGGAGACCUCCAAGUGAUUCAGGAGACCUCCAAGUGAUUCAGGAGACCUCCAAGUGAUUCAGGAGACCUCCAAAUGAUACAGCAAAUGUGUGCAAAUGAUCAAAGGAUCCUUCACUUCACAAAAACCCAAAUC